GCUUUGCCAAAUAAUAAUUAAGCUAGUAACUGUAAGCUCGGGAGAAUUCUGAGGGUGCACAGGUGUCUUUGUCAACAUUGUUUAUGCGAGCAUCUGUAGGUACUUAGUGUUGAUCGCUAUAAAAUCCGAUAUCUUGAAUCGAUCGUGGAGAAAACUUGGAAAUCAGCAUCUCUUGCACACGGAAACAUAUUAUUGUUUGCGUACCGGUUACAUGCUUGCUGUUGCCGCACUUGCACAAAACAAGCCAACAAGGGUCAAGCGGCCAUUAUGCUGAUUCUGGAUGCCCAUGUAGGUCACAUAAUGUUUUCUUUGGUGCCCCACAAUCCAGAAUCCAGAGAACGGAACGGCGAACAAAAAAGGGGAAUCGAAAUAUGGAGCGGCUGCGGCUAAAACAACUGGCACCCCUUGGAAGGUGGUGAGCGUUCAAUUUAAGAAGAGCAAACUGCAAAGUUAACCUUCAUUGAUUCCCCCAGUAGGAAAUUCGUAUGUCCCCACUUCAGUCCCAUUUGCGAUUUGCAAUAAAAAAUUUCCUGGAAGCCAUCAACAGUCCAACGCAGCACCUCCAACAAGUUUAGAUUUUUGAGUUUCCUUCCUUCAGUUAGUAAGUAGUAAACUAAGCAUUUAAGGUGUUACUUGUGGCAACAGAUUUUUACUCUUAUCGUUCAUUAUACCGAGAGGACUGUGCAACUCACCAGAUUAUUACUUAUUGAUUGACAACGUGAUGGCCUUGUACUUCCUGUUGAACUGAGUGUUGUGCUCCUGUGCUACGUACCAACAAGUUGUCAUACACACUGCGGCUGCUGAUGUGCCAGCAUUCUAAAGCCCUCGGCAUUAACCCGUGAAUUCUUCUUGCCUUGCUGUAAAACACAGCCUCAAUGGAGCACUCCCUGCCAGCCCACACCACAGAAACCACGUCCUAUCCUCCCAACAUCCACUUCGCUUCCACACUAACCACCACCACCCUGACCGACAGCACCCACUUGCCUGACGACCAGAUGGUCGCCACCCAUGCCCAGGCCCUGGAGGAGCACGAAGAGAAUCCCAGCGCCGAGGGAACACUCGAGCGCCUGGUGAAGACGGACGAUGUGCCCAGUGAAGACCCCAAUGUGGAUGAUGGACAGCAGCCCCUGGGUAUCGUCGAGAGCUGUUUCCCCUAUCUGGCGCGCCGCAAUCACCAUCAUCACCACCACCAUCCACAGCAGCAGCCGAGCAAAGGGACCCUGGCGCAGUUUGCAGCGUGUGGCGGGAUGAAGUGCCACGCGUACGACGAUGAGAAGGAGCAUCCGCGGACAGCCAAGAGCCGAGAGGAAGUCGGAAGCGUUACCACCGCUCUGCUCCAUGAAACACCAAAUCAUGUGCAUUUGGUAUCUGCGAAACCGGCCGAAAGCGUCCCAGUAACCAGCACAGAGUGACCUGACGGGAACAAACGCUGCAGACGAUUCAAAAGUUUUGGGGUACACUUUUCAUUCCGUGUUUUAUCUUUUAUGGCGGUCAAGUGUCAGAAGUUCUUCCAGAGCGGUUGCUAAUGAUUUAUGGCUUCGGUUGUAUAAAAUAUGUUGUUCGCAGUUUUUUCUCGACUUUUUGAUUCUGAAUUCAUAACUUGACAAUAAUUUCGAUGGCUUCAUGUCUGUUUUCUUGUACAAACCAGAAACUAUUAUGGCUUUAAAUAGAUCAGUUUGGUCACCGGAAGGAAGUCCGAUAGAUUCUUUUAAUAAAAGAAUAAAACAACA